AUGGAAGGUGAAGAAACUCAUCAAUCGGAGCCGUUACCUUUACCAUCGGCAGAUUCCGAUGAAGGAAUCAGCGCUGCGAUUGAGGCUGAGCUCGCCGAGUUAGCUGCCGGAGGAGACUCAAGCGGCGGUGGUGGUGGAGGAGGGAUUAAGAGUAAAGUGAAAGGACCUUGGUCUACGGAGGAAGACGCGGUUCUUACGAAGCUUGUGACUAAGUUAGGUCCGAGGAAUUGGAGUUUGAUCGCUCGUGGAAUCCCUGGUCGUUCUGGUAAAUCGUGUCGAUUAAGAUGGUGUAAUCAGCUUGACCCUUGUCUCAAACGCAAACCUUUCUCUGAUGAGGAAGAUCAUAUGAUAAUUUCUCUUCACGCGGUUCACGGAAACAAAUGGGCUGUGAUUGCGAAAAUGUUACCUGGGAGAACAGAUAAUGCCAUCAAGAAUCACUGGAACUCUACGCUAAGACGUAAAUACGCAGAUCUAUGGAACAGUGGUCAAUGGGUGGCAAAUUCAGUUACUACUGGUUACAUCAAGAACGAAAAUGUCGACGGGAUAUCUAAUCCUUCCUCGAAACAACAGUUGCCUCAAGCAGAAAUCGAUUCACCACCAAAGCCUCCACAACUUAAUGAUGUUACGAUGGAUGAUGCAGACAAUGAACCUGAAGAACAAGUCCCAAUAGACAGUAACAGUAACGCUCCAGUAGACGGUAAUGCUCCAGUAGAUGGUAACCCUCCACUAGACAGUAGUAACGUGUUUCGCCCAGUAGCUCGUGUUGGCGCAUUCAGUGUCUAUAAUCCAACCAGCCAGAGAAAUGGAUACAGAAACCACAAUAUAGUUCCAUGUGAGGGACCAUUGGUUCAAGCGGCUAAACCCGAUUCAUUGGCUGGUAAAUUUCUACAAUCUCUUUGCGAUGAACCUCAUAUACCUUCGAAAUGUGGUCACGGUUGCUCUACUUGUCCAGCUGAAACUAAGUUUUCUGGUAAGUCGGUAUUGGGACCGGAGUUUGUGGAUUACGAGGAGCCUUGUGUAGUUUUCAAUCAAGAACUGAUAUCUAUAGCAACUGAUUUGAACAACAUUGCGUGGAUAAAGAGUGGCCUUGACAAUACCAUUGUUAGAGAAGCAGAACAGAAUUUGAAGACGGAUCAUUUCAAUUACAAUGAUCCUCGAGUCCAGUUUUCUGGAAUGAUGCCUAGACAAGAUUUCUUCUUCUGUGCAAGAAGCUGA